AUGGAAUCUUUGGUUCAUAAACUUUUAGCACCCAAUGUUAGAUUCGAGAGAUAUAAAGCAUUUAAUGAAUUAAAACGUCGAUUAAUUAGACGGGAGAGGCGAGCGGCGAGGCUGCGCGAUCCUAACUGGUUUGAAGAAGCAACUGCCGCGUGCUUCAUCCAUAAUUCAAAUAAAACAUGGGACCCAGACUCCGCCCCUGUGCCACACCGGCCAAUAGCUCUACAUCGGACUUACUUUGAAACUCCGCCUGCUAUAAAUUCAAUUCCCCUCUGUAUCAGAGCGAAUUAG